AGGAUGAAGCAAAUAUAAAUGAGAUUGCAAUCACGCACCAUGUAAAAGAGGGACAUGAGAGAGCUGACCCUUCACAGUUUGAGCUGCUGAAGGUACUUGGACAGGGCUCAUUUGGAAAGGUCUUUUUGGUGCGAAAAAUCUCAGGAACCGAUGCUGGCCAGCUAUAUGCAAUGAAAGUAUUAAAGAAAGCCACACUUAAAGUUCGAGAUCGUGUUAGAACAAAGAUGGAGCGUGAUAUUUUGGUGGAAGUUAAUCAUCCAUUUAUUGUCAAAUUGCACUAUGCUUUCCAAACAGAAGGCAAAUUAUACCUUAUUCUGGAUUUUCUCAGGGGUGGAGAUUUGUUUUACACGUUUAUCCAAAGAGGUAAUGUUCACUGAAGAGGAUGUGAAAUUAUUACCUGGCAGAAUUGGCACUUGCUUUAGAUCAUCUUCAUACUCUUGGUAUUAUAUAUCGAGACCUUAAGCCAGAAAAUAUAUUGCUUGAUGAAGAAGGACACAUUAAGUUAACAGAUUUUGGGCUCAGCAAGGAGUCAAUUGAUCAUGAGAAAAAAGCAUACUCCUUUUGCGGGACAGUGGAGUACAUGGCUCCAGAGGUUGUAAACAGAAGGGGCCACACACAGAGUGCUGACUGGUGGUCCUUUGGUGUCCUCAUGUUUGAAAUGCUUACUGGCACCUUACCUUUUCAAGGAAAGGACAGAAAGGAAACCAUGACCAUGAUUUUGAAGGCCAAGCUUGGCAUGCCACAGUUUCUUACGCCAGAAGCUCAAUCCCUACUGCGUAUGUUAUUCAAGAGAAACCCAACCAACAGAUUAGGAGCAGGCCCUGAUGGGGUUGAAGAAAUUAAGAGGCAUCCGUUCUUUGCAACAAUUGACUGGAACAAAUUGUACCGAAGAGAAAUUCAGCCUCCAUUCAAACCAGCAACAGGUGGUCCUGAAGACACAUUUUAUUUUGACCCAGAGUUCACGGCAAAAACACCCAAAGACUCGCCUGGCAUCCCUGCUAGUGCCAAUGCACACCAACUUUUCCGUGGAUUUAGCUUUGUGGCAAUUUCCUCAGAGGACGACAGCCAGGCCAUACAGACAGUUGGAGUUCAUGGCAUUGUUCCGCUUCACAGAAACAGUAUCCAAUUCACUGACGGUUAUGACUUAAAAGAAGACAUCGGGGUGGGAUCUUACUCUAUUUGUAAAAGGUGCAUCCACAAGACUACAAAUAUGGAAUAUGCAGUCAAGAUUAUUGACAAGAGCAAGAGGGAUCCAACGGAGGAAAUUGAAAUUCUUCUGCGCUAUGGACAGCAUCCUAAUAUUAUCACAUUAAAAGAUGUAUAUGACGAUGGGAAAUAUGUAUAUCUAGUAACUGAACUAAUGAAAGGAGGGGAACUUUUAGACAAAAUACUACGGCAGAAGUUCUUCUCAGAGCGGGAGGCGAGUGCUGUAUUGCACACGAUAACCAAAACUGUGGAAUACCUACAUUCACAAUGGGUUGUCCACAGAGACUUGAAACCCAGCAAUAUACUUUAUGUGGAUGAGUCUGGUAAUCCCGAGUCUAUUCGAAUCUGCGACUUUGGUUUUGCUAAACAACUCAGGGCCGAAAAUGGGUUGCUUAUGACUCCGUGUUACACUGCAAAUUUUGUUGCUCCAGAGGUAUUGAAGCGUCAAGGCUAUGAUGCUGCAUGUGAUAUCUGGAGCUUGGGUGUUCUCCUCUACACUAUGCUAACUGGAUAUACACCUUUUGCAAAUGGGCCAGAUGAUACUCCCGAAGAAAUACUGGCACGGAUAGGCAGUGGAAAGUUUUCUCUAAGUGGCGGUUACUGGAAUUCAGUCUCCGAUAUUGCCAAGGACCUGGUAUCAAAGAUGCUUCAUGUGGAUCCACAUCAGAGAUUAACAGCUGCCCAGGUGCUUAAACACCCUUGGAUUGUACACUGUGACCAGCUGCCUCAGUUCCAGCUAAACAGACAGGAUGCACCUCAUCUAGUAAAGGGAGCCAUGGCAGCUACAUACUCUGCGUUGAACCUCAAUCCAAUGUCUCCAGUGCUGGAACCUGUUGGCCGUUCGACUCUCGCUCAGAGAAGAGGUGUAAAGAAGAUUACUUCGACUGCACUCUGA